CAGACCUUGGAAUCAUGGAAUGCUUGGCCAAGGGUCCGAUGGCAGGGCCACCUCCCCCUCCAGCAUCCCAGAACCAUCCCAGAACCGGCUGUUUUUCCCCACUGCAUCCCAACCAAUGUCCCUCUCUCCCAGUUGUCCUGCACGGGAACAACCUGCUGGUGUUCGGGGGCACCGGGAUCCCCUUCGGAGAGAGCAACGGCAACGACGUCCACGUCUGCAACGUCAAGUACAAGAGGUGGGCCCUGCUCAGCUGCAGGGGCAAGAAACCCAACAGGAUCUAUGGACAGGCCAUGGCCAUCAUCAACGGCUGCCUCUACGUCUUCGGCGGCACCACCGGCUACAUCUACAGCACCGACCUGCACCGGCUCGACCUCAACACCCGGGAGUGGGUCCAGCUGAAGCCCAACAACAUGUCCUGUGACAUGCCCGAGGAGAGGUACAGACACGAGAUCGCCCACGACGGGCAGAGGAUUUACAUCCUGGGAGGGGGAACCUCCUGGACGGCCUAUUCCUUGGACAAGGUGAGGCAAUUCCAGCAGGGAAUUCCCUUCCACUGCCAGAGAUCUGACUUUU